CGCAUAGUAGUGCUACUCUGAGAUCUGUCCAUGACGUCAGCUAGCAGCUAGGCAACUGCUAUAAGGACAGAGUGGUCACUUACAAACACAGCCUUAUAAAUUGCCUGAAGACUACCAACGGAAGCUACCGUAUCUAGCGGGAGAUAUCAAUCACCAAAAACCCCAUAGCUGCACGACAGGAUAUCACCAUGAGCCAAACACUCCUCUCCACCCUAGUUGAAGAGGCCUGGUCCUGGGAUCCAUACGAAUCGAACCAAAUCAAAUUCAACAAAGAUGGCACAGGCACACUAAUCUGCCGCAUCGAACUCGUCGUCUGGAUUGCGGCCGAAUUUGACUGGAAGCUCAAAAACCCAGAAUGCCUCUCUCAAUCCAUCGACCUACCCACCAAUCCCCCAAAACGCCCAUCCCGCCUCACCCAAUUCAACAUCGAGAUAACGCUCACCAAACGCCGUAUUGCUGCACUGGGAGACGCGGUCAACCGUCGUAUCAUUAAUGAACAGCUGCUCACGGAUGCAGCUUUCCUGCCGAAGGAAUAUACCAUUACAUUGGAGACUGGGCAGUUUCUCUGCGCGUCUGAUGUUGGGGGCAGGUUUGGCGAUUCGCCGAGGUUUGGGACUCGUUUGUCGUUUGAUAAGUCGCCAUAUCCGCCGAGGCAGGAGUGGAGGGAGACGGAUGGCGGUGUGGAUGCCAAUGAGUUUUGGGAGUGGAGGGAGUUUUGCUCGAGGAGGCUCCCGGAGAGGACGGGGUUGUUUUCGAGGAUUUUGGGGAGUUUCGGGGGUUGAUAGGUUCUGUGUUGAUAUGGACUUUCGAC